ACUAGAAUUUACCUACCUCACUACCAUAUCUUUUUUCUUUUCGUUUCUGUUCUUUUGGCUGGGAAAGAAAAUCGUAAAAAAGAUCAUACAUAAAGAAGGAGGAAGAAGAAUUAUGUGGGCUACGUCUCCCGCUGCUUCCUUACCUUACUUGCCUGCCCCCAUACCCAUACAUACCAGGUAUCCUUUUCCCCUCAACGUGCGUUUACCUCGUCACCCAGCCGCCUCCAACCAAGAUGAUGGAAAGGAAAUAAGUGGGUCCGACGUGCUAUGGGCUCUGCAGAGAGCAGCCGCCCACAAGAAGAAAGCCAACCGAAAGAAGAAGGGUUCAGCAUCAUCACCUGAACCCACCCAAAGACUGGAGGAUACCAUCGAUUACACUAAUGUCAAGCCCUUGCAGAUAAGGACUGAGUGGAGCCUUAAGCUGGAUGAGCUGGAAGAGCGUCUUCACGUGCUCCAACAGGAAGGCACCACUUAAAUUAAGCAUCUCCUUCUUUUGUGAUAACCGAUAUGUUUGAUUUUUACCUGGAAACAUAAUUCAAGUGUACCCAAAAUUGCAUAAUUUUCUGCUCAUCUUUUUCUUUGUUAUGACCAGCUUAAGAAUUUUGCUCA